AUGCUUUAUGAUUCCAAAGUUUCAACAAGAGUGUCUCGAUAUCCUAACAUGAUAGCAUGGACAGUAUUAUCUAUUUUAAUUCUUCUUCCAUCAUGUUCCGCGAGGCCAGCACCGCGGAAAAGCUAUACAGAAAUGUUUAAAUGCAAACUCAAUUUUAUUUCAAUGGAUGAAGCGCAAAAGGCUGUUCAGCUUGGCUGUAAACAAAUGGAGCUCGCACCACCCACAAGUCGUUUUCCCGCAUCUUUCAUUGAAUCGGAAUUAUUUGAUCUAACAAAUAUUGUGUUGUUUACGUGGCCUGUAUUUACAUCAGAAAAUGUCUUACGAGAGGAUUACGGUAUAAAUCGCGUUGUUUUUGAUUCCAGUUGCCGAAUUGUCGGUCUUAUUCAAAUAGAGCCUAAUGGUCCCAAACCUUGUCUGCAUUUAAUGGAAGCUGAAGAACUAGAGAUAGCUUAUAAUUUAAAAAUUUACAAUGUACCAUGGAAAAGUCUGCCGCUAUACGGAUACAGGUUUGAAGAUGAAAUUUACCUGAAGAAUGCAGUCGAAGAAUUCGUCGAAUCGAACUUUAGAAAAUUCUACCAUGCCACAAAUAGAAAAAAUCUUUUAAGCCACUACCCGAUCCAUAUGAUGAAUGUAAAGGCAGGAGUUCUGGCUCAGACAAUUCAUCUCGGUUCCAGAGGUAUUGAGAUGUCAACUGAAAGAUGCAGGCGUCGCUUGAUAGUUAAUCCUAACAAGGAAGUAAUCGGCAUAUCACGAAAAGGGUUCUUAGGCUGGAAGCCACUUUCCGAGCUCCGCAGUCUUGAUGAUGCACACAGGAUGAAAGUUUUCUUAGAGAGAGAGCCAGAUAUAGGUAAUGAACCGCUGAAUGACAUAAAUUACAAAGGAGUCCACUUAUCAGCUGCUAUGUUGAAAAGUAAUCUACAAAUAGCUUGCAAAGUUUUCACAGAAAAACAGAUGGGUGCAAAUUUGAAUAUGGGAUAUCCAAUGUUAACGACCUUCGAGACCAUGCCACAUAAGCCGAUACUGAGCUGGCCCUUAAGAAUGCCUGAGAAUUUUGUUCGCGGCGGAAUAAGCAUCUGGCUCGUUUUAGACGCUGAAUGCAAUCUGAUGGGCGUUAGUACAUAA